UGGUUUGAUUUUGUGUGCCGACGCCGGUUACAAAGAAUCGAUAUCGAAUCAAGGAGGGUUGAGUUUCCAGAUAAGCGCCGCGGCCGCGCUGGCUAUUCAUCAUAAGUCUGUGGGAACCUGAUAGGCCAGAAGGAAUGAUAUUCCAGCGGGGGCCGGGCCUCCUUAUCUCUGCGUGGCAGAGGGAAGGAGACACAGCGAUCGAUAGGCCGUUGUGCAGGACUUCCAAUUAUCAACAGCUGAUUCUGUCCUCGUGCAGCUGCAUCUUUAAUACCACAUAAUUACAAGUUGUGGGACAAUGCUGGUGAAGGGGAUCAGGGCUGUGGUGAAGUGUGCUACAGCCUGUGGAAAGGGAGCCUCGCUUUCCAUACUCUGAUGUUUGACUUCAGUUAAAGUGAUCAAACGUGAAGUCAAGGCCGGUGUUGUGAUUGAACGCCCUCGGGUUCAGGUUCCGCGCAUCCCCGCUCAUCACCUACAGGAGCACUUCUUUUCCAGAGCCCUUUUCCAGUCCGCCGUGGCGCCAACUUGUGGGAGGUCGUUGGAGCUGAAGCACGGGCUCCGACACCUCCCGGCGUCCCGGCAGCAGCCUAUCGCGGGCGGCCGCAGGGCGUCUGCGAUGGUCGGAGGCGGAGGCAGCGAGGAGCGCGCCGGUGCCUCGCGCGAGCCGAGGAGUCGCACUUCCGACGCGGAACCGACGGCGUCCGAGGACCGCACGCGCGCUUUGCGCACAAAGUUUGACUUCACGCGCGCACUCCAUCCGGAGGACAUGGAUCUGUGGUGAUUUCACACUUCGCAACUACCUCUCCCAGUGCGCGUAUUGUGGACCUUUGAGGCUGAACAGAAGAAGAAUAACUUCCCCGAUAGUGGUGCGUCCAUCCACCCGCAGACUGGGAAGUCUGGUCACAGUGGUGCCUUUUCACCACCUCACCCAAAAAGACGCCGUUCCUUCAGGGAUGAUACAAGAUGCAGCAGCUGACCGUGAGCUGAAAGCCGAGGCUGCUCCAAACGCACGAGACACUCCGGACUUGGAGUCGGACUGCGUCGUCGUCGUUGUGCGUAAAAGCGCUCGCGCACCGGACAGGAAGUGAACAAAUUAUUAUUAAACCCCAUCCCUCAUUUCCAUAUCUGGGGAGAGUUGGCUGGAGCGCAGCCAAUCGCCCAGCGAAGGGCAGCGAGAGUCGUAAAAGCAUUAUCCUUCCUCCAUCAUAAUUACACUGACAUGCGCAAUCUGCACGCGGGCACCUCCACCAGCCUCCAUUCGCUUAUUUCACCGAGCCCGCUCCCUCCGAACGGUCCCAUUCGCUGCUUGUAGAUGGUUCGGCGAAAGGCAGCGGCGAGUCGCACAGAAGGAUCAACAUGUCCCGACGCAAGCAAGCCAAGCCGCAGCACCUCCGGGCGGACGAGGAGGCGCCGCGGCGCGGAGCCGCCGACAGACGGGGCGUCGUGGAAGGUUCCGACCGGGAGGAGGAGCACGCAGGCGCCGAAGGCACACGCAUCUGUGACAGAUGCUGUGCCGAGUUCUUCACUUGGGCCGAACUGAGGGAGCACCAGAACGUCUGCACUGAGGAGCCUGUGGUGCUGAUAGUGAAGGAUAGCGGCUGCACGCCGGCUCCCGAGGAGUCUCCUCUGGGGCCGUCUCCGGGUCCCAGCUCAGCCUCCAGCGACUCGUCUGCAGCCGAGUCCACGGACGCUGGCUACGAGCUGGGAGAGACGCUGGUGAACGACAGCGACAGCCUGGAGGAAGGCAGGGAGCCGGACGAGGCCAUGGAGCUGGAGCAUCACCCGCAGGACAAACACCCCACAAGCCCCCAGCCCCCAGACCGGACUCCAGCGGAGUCGGCCCCCCCCCAGGGGUCGGCCCCCGGCGGCUACCACAUGCCCAGCACCAACGUGACGCUGGAGAUCCUCCACAGCACCAGGGUGGCUGUGGCCCAGUUCUCCCAGGGCAUCAGCAGCAGCGGCACGGCGGGGAAGGCGGCGUCGGCCGCCAUCCCCGUGAUCCUGCAGCACCUGUUGGCUCUGCAGCAGCAGCAGGUCCAUCAGCUGCAGCUCAUCGAGCAGAUCUGCAGCCAGGUCGCCACCAUCAACAGGCAGCCGACCCAGGCGGCUUUAAACCCCGCGUCCAGGUCGCUGGCUCUGGCCCCCAACCCGUUCCCCUCCCCAGGCGUCGUCCCCCCCUCCAUCCUCCCCCUGUCAGGUACCAUGCCCUCUGCUAUCAACGGACAGGCCUCGGUUGCAUUAUCGUCUGUGCUUGAGAAGUCACAAAACACCCCCCCACACGCUGAAUGUGGGCAGACCGCCUUUAGAGACAGCACUUGUACCUCGGCCUCCUCCGAAAAUUCCACCCCAUCCAUGUCCAGCAGCAGCGUCCCCGCGUUGCUGCCCGCGUACACAGGCUCCCUCCCCAGCAGCAUUGGCUGCAGUCAGACGCCGGGCUCGUGCAGCCCGCUGCCUCUGGGGCACAGCAGCCUCCUCAGCUCGUCCUCCAGCCUGCCGUUUCUACCUCAGAGCCCCCCCAGCAGCGUCAUCUUCCCCAAUCCCUUGGCGAGCAUCGCCGCCACAGCCAACGCACUCGACCCGCUCGCCGCCCUGAUGAAGCACCGGAAGGGGAAGCUGCCUAGUGCGUCCUUAUUCGAGGCGAAGCCCAGCCCAGAGGAGCCCUUCUUCAAACACAAAUGCCGGUUCUGUGCCAAAGUGUUUGGCAGCGACAGCGCUCUGCAGAUCCACCUGCGCUCCCACACCGGAGAGCGGCCUUUCAAAUGCAACAUCUGUGGCAAUCGCUUUUCCACGAAGGGGAACUUGAAGGUGCACUUUCAGCGACAUAAAGAGAAGUAUCCUCAUGUUCAGAUGAACCCGUACCCGGUGCCAGAAUAUCUAGACAAUGUGCCAACCAGCUCCGGGAUUCCCUACGGAAUGUCCAUCCCUCCAGAAAAGCCUGUCUCGUCAUGGCUGGAUAGCAAACCUGUUGUAGCAGCGCUGCCCGCCUCCCUGGGUCUUCCGCUCUCCUCCAGUAUUACCAGUAUUGGAGGCUUGAAUGACCCUGUAAGUGUAACACCAUCUGCUAGAUCUCCCUACCAGCCAGCUUCUGGUGAAUGUAUAUCUUUGUCGCCUAACCACAGAAGCAGUGAGGCUCAUUUCUCUCCUGUUUCAGAGGCUCCACAGUUUAACCGUGAGACAGAAGCAUCCCAUAUACUGAAAGCAGAGGGAGUACACCUGCCACAAAGCUGCACACUGAGCCUGAGAGCCAAUCCGGUGACAGAGGUAACCGGCACUGCCGUCCCGUCCGCGGCCACCACACCUGAGCCCGCCGCCUCGGCUUCCCCCGCCCCCAGCUCCCCUCCCCUCUCAUUCAACUCAGAGGAGACAAAAUUCCCGUCAGCAGGCCUCCUGGACUCCAUGGAGACGUCUGAAACGUCCAAGCUCCAGCAGCUGGUGGAGAAUAUCGACAAAAAGAUCACGGACCCCAACCAGUGCAUCCUCUGUCACCGCGUCCUCAGCUGCCAGAGCGCGCUGAAGAUGCACUACCGCAUCCACACCGGCGAGAGGCCCUUUAAGUGCAAGGUGUGUGGCCGGGCGUUCACCACCAAAGGCAACCUGAAGACCCACAUUGGCGUUCACAGGGAAAACCCCCCGGUCCAGGUGCAGCACUCGUGUCCAAUCUGCCAGAAGAAGUUCACCAACGCCGUGGUUCUGCAGAAGCACAUCCGCAUGCACAUGGUCGGGCAGAUUCCAGACACAACCCUGGAGGACGGACUGCAGGAGAACGACGGGAAUGCGUCCAUGAACGAGAAGAACUUCGACAGCCUCAGCAGCAACGGCAACGACCUGACUGAUGAUAUGUCAAUGGAGGAUGAGAAUGAAGGAGAGGAAAUAGAAACUUUGGAGGAGGGUGGGAGUCCAUCUAAACCUCUGGUCUUUGGUUGCGAUUCCCCGCCUAAAUCCUUUACUGAUUCCAGUUUAGCGGCUCUGGAGAACCAAAUGCGGAUGAUUGACUCCACUGUAAACCUAAACCAUUCCUUUGGCAUCAAGUCGCUGGCAAAUGGUUUCAAUGACGGCAGCCAUCUCAAUAUUAAAUGUGCUUUAUCGGAGAAUCGCAGUGGUCAAAGCCCGAGUGUGGUGGAAUCUUCCCGGUCGCCCCAACUGUCGGACUCGGAAGGCGUGACGCUCAAAUUACACGCAGAGAACAACAGUGGGCCAAAAGCCCAAGAGCUUUUGGCCUCGGUGAAGAGGGAGCAGAUGGAGUCUCCCACCUCUGCAGCCCAGGAUCUGAGAGGACUCCAGUCCGGAAAAAUAUGCGUGAAAGAGGAGACGCCGUACAGCCUGCUGUUCCAGCUGAGCAGAGAGAAAGGUCCAAGCAUUCCCAGCCUGGGCACCAGCGUGUCGUCGGGCCUCAUAAAGACCGAAGUGAACGGCAGCCAGCAGCCAAACAACCCCAGCGAGGGCCCGCAUCCUGCGGGGAGCUCCCACAUCCCCCCGGCGUAUCCGGCCGCCGGCAGCCCGGGGAUGACCUCGCUGCUCGGCCCCGCGCCGCCUCGACGGACGCCCAAGCAGCACAACUGCAGCGCGUGUGGGAAGAACUUCUCCUCGGCCAGCGCUCUGCAGAUCCACGAGAGGACACACACCGGGGAGAAGCCGUUCGUCUGCUCCAUCUGCGGCAGAGCUUUCACCACCAAGGGCAAUCUGAAGGUUCACAUGGGAACCCACAUGUGGAACAACGCACCCGCGCGGCGAGGCCGGCGCCUGACGGUGGACAACCCCAUGGCGCUGCUGGGCGGAGAGGCGGUGAAGUUCGGGGAGAUGUUUCAGAAAGACCUGGCAGCUCGAGCGAUGAACGUGGAUCCUGGGUUCUGGAACCGCUACGCGACAGCUAUCACCAACAGCCUGGCCAUGAAGAACAAUGAGAUCGCAGUGAUUCAGAACCGGGGCAUGUCCCAGCUUCACCCUCUGGCUGCGGGCAUGGACAGAGUGAGCGCUGCAGGAAGUCCCAUAAGCAGUCUGACCAAGACGGGCUUGGACCUGGGGAAUAGCAGACAUUUUUCUAUGCUGAUUGAUGACAGUAAAGAAAUUGGAAUCAACUGAAUAAAACUUAUGCAAACCAUUACAGACAUUUAAAACAUUGUAAAACACCCUGUUUGUUCUUAUGUAUUAUAUAUAGAGAGACUUAAAAAAGAACUUUUUAUCCAUUGAAAUAUAAUUGUAGGGUAUUCACAUUUUGAGACUUUACUUUGCAGUCAUUUGUGAAUGUUUGUUUUUCUAUACAUUAAAUAAGUUGUUCAACUUG